UUCAACAGUCAGGAAAACGAUCGAUGGUAGUGCUUAUGAACGUAUACAAAACACUGGGGGUUACCAAUCUAUCGACCGGUUUCGUUGUAACGCAAGCCCAUAUGUGCAGGUUGCAUUCCGUCUGAGAAUAAAACCACGGCGGGAGUGGAUUUCUACUAGUGUCUAGGAGGUUGGCUUUUCCAACCAUAUUACUACGCAUCGGUGUCGAGCGCACUAAGACUGGGUGGGAGCACUGAACUAAGACGUUCGGCGGUAAACGACUGGUAAAGGAACGUUUAAGGUGGCAGUACGAACCGUAUGUUCUGUGUGUAUGGUUUAUAUAUUGGCCAGUUCGUGUUUCGUUUGCUCUUGCUAAAGUUGCGGUAAAACCAUGACCAAAUUGGCUGUCGCUAUAUGCAUAGUCAUACUAGUGGCUUCGGUGGAACAUCGUGUUGAGGCAACCGUGGUACGGUUGUUAACGGAUUUCAUCCAAAACAAUGUCGCUGGUAUACCGCUCAUUCACAAAACGGAGGAGUAUGACUUCGAUCCGGAGAUAAGCAAAAAACGAAGGGAGUUUUACUACGAGCUCCAUGGAUACCGUGGCGAAAAGGUAAUCGAACGGCUAGGUCUCGGUAUUGAUGGCAAACACCACGAACGGCUUGCAUUCCAGCGGCAGCGCGACGAGGGCCAUCUGCAGGGUCUCAACUAUCUGCAGCCUUAGAAGGAAGCCUUUUUUUGGCACAUGAAAAUAAUGAAUCAAUCUUGAGUGAAGGUCACACUGGAAACUUGCUAACAUAGAUGGAAGCACUUGCCGUCCGGUGGGUUUGUGGCCCGAUUCGUUGCAUGCGUUUCGUUUUGCAACAAUGAAAAUUAAAAAGGCCGAUAAAGAAUGUAAAGGUUACUUGGCGAACAGAUUGAUCGCUUAAAUACCGAGAGUCUGCUCAAAGAAAAAAAAGGAUAUAAUUUUCUGUUGAAAGAACGAAUUUAGAUGUGUCGUAGUAAAAUAUUAUAAGCGAAUGUGCAAAGCACCAAGCUGAAAGCUGAUGAUGAGAAAUAAAAAAACUUAUUUUUUCGAAAAAAAAAUUUAAAUAAAAAAAGAAUUUUAAACAUAA